CGGCAUCUUCCCGCAUGAGGGGAGCUCCCCACAUCUCCACCACUCCCUUGUUCCUUGGCGGGUACCAUUCCGGACUUAAUUAAGAACGAGAGCCAUCUUGAAACGAGAUAUUGCCAUGUGCUUUCAACCUUCUUCCGCAUUGUUGUAACACAUAUUGAACUGGAAAGCCGCCAUAAUGCCCAUGCACAACGGCUUCCUCCCCCGCGAGGGCUUCAAGGGAGACACGGUUCUCAAAAUCAUCCGCAACACGGCUCUCAACCCGAAGGUGGUCCUCCCACUGCUUCUACUGACCAAGUACACGAAGAAGGGCCAAGACUGGGCCAUCCUCCACCCACUAGCCUACUCUCGCCUCAAGAAGCUUUUGCUGUUUGGCGUCAUCAGGUGGAUCAACAACUAUUUCUCUCGCAAAGUGUUGAACAACUGGGUCGACGACAAGUAUGACUGGUCGAAGGAGAUCGUCGUCGUCACCGGCGGCGCUGGCGGCAUUGGCGGCCAAAUUGUCCAGUUGCUGGCCGAACGGGGCAUCAAGGUCGUAGUACUGGACAUCCAGCCCCUGACGUACCCAGCUGCCCCCAACGUCCACUACUUCAAGUGCGACCUCACCUCACGCAAGACCCUCUCCCUCGUCGCGCGCGAGGUGCGGCUCGCGGUAGGCGACCCCACCAUCCUGAUCAACAACGCGGGCGUCGUGCAGGGGCGCACCAUCCUGGACGCAUCAGAGCGCGACAUCCGCUUCACCUUCGACGUCAACACCUUCGCGCACUACUGGACCACGCAGGAAUUCCUCCCGGCCAUGGUGCGGGCGAACCACGGCAUGGUGGUCACGGUGGCGUCGGUCGCCGCGUGGGUGACGGUGCCCAACAUGGUCGACUACGCGGCGUCCAAGGCGGCGGCGCACGCCUUCCACGAGGGCCUCACGGCCGAGCUGGCCACCCGCUACGCCGCCCCGCGCGUCCGCACCGUGCUCGUCAACCAGGGCUACACUACGACUCCGCUGUUUACCGGCUACCAGAAUGAUAGUCCCUUUCUCAUGCCGGCGCUGCACCCGGCGACCGUUGCUGAGGCAAUCGUGCGCCAGGUUCUGAAGGGGGAGAGUAAUCAGCUGAUUCUACCCGGCUUUGCUGGUACCUUGCCGGUGCUGGCUGGUAUGCCGCAUUGGUAUCAGAACCGGCUGCGGGCGAAGAAUCAGACGAUUAUGAAGGCGUUUGCGGGGAGGAAGGUGGUGGAGGAUGUGGAGAAGUUUUAUGAGGAGAAGGAGAAGGGGGGUAAGGGGGCGGAAGGGGUGGAGGGGACAGGGGAGGGGAUGGAGGAAGGUGUCGGGGCGGGUGCGAGUACAGUUUUGGUGGAGAAGUAAGUGAUGUAAUGGAUGUCGGAAGGGUUACUCAGGAAAGAUAUGUCAAGAUGGGUGUCGGGGAUUAGUGUUGUGUUUGUUUGUAUGUAUGUACUCGUUGCGGGCGUAUCGUGUGACUUUUUUUUCCAUUGUUGUAUCCUACCUGGUGCGUUGUGAAUUCCUCGAGCAAUACAACAAAAUGAACGUUUUAGUACCGUAG